AUGUCUACGAAACAUGAAAUAGAUUUUCUUGACGAAAUUAAUUCAAAAUAUUCAAACAUAGAAAAUGAAAUAGAUAUUAAAUUGAGCAAAUUACAACAGGAGGAAAUAAAAUAUAAAAAAGAGGAUAUUGUUGCAGAAAAUAGUUAUUUUCCAAAACAUACAUGCAAUUCUUUACAAGAAGCUAAGUGCCGAAACACAGAAAUUCUUAAGACGUUAGAAAUGACGAAAGCUAGGUUGAGAUCUCGAUCGACUUUUAGUCCAAUUGAAAUGAUUCUAAAAAAAGCAAAAAAAAAUUAUGAGAAAGAAUAUGCUUUAGUACAAAUUACAACUAAGAAUUCAUGA